AACAACGUGGAACAAAUACCAUAUGUGCAGCCGUGAAGAAGAAGCUCCGGUAGAUGGAGCCUUGUCCGAGGUCAAGACCAAAGGUGCAAUUUCUCUAGAUUCGACUUGCAAGAAAUGCCGAGAGCAUAAGUCAGUUUUGAAUCUGAGGACGAGUGAUACCUAUUGUAAAAGUUGCUUCUUGACCACAUGUCAGCAUCGAUUCCGUUCCACUUUGGGCAAGCACAAGAUAAUGAGACCCGGGGAUCAAGUUCUGGUUGGUUUUAGUGGAAAUCAGGGCUCAGUUUUCUUGAUGCAAUGCUUGUUUCUCGGUUAUCAAGAGGAUGUGCAGAAAAAGUUACUUUUUAGUUCUAGUGUCCUCCUUGUUGACGAACUUGGACCAUUUGUGGACGAUCCAGAAGAACGAAUGAAAACACUGGAGUGUUUCAAGGAGGUUCUGGAACAUUAUGGACUUGAAUAUUAUAUAGUUCCUUUGGAAGUCGCCUUAAAAGAAGAAGUUGACAAGGGCGAUAUCCAAAGUGGAAGACAACCUUACCAACUCCCUAGUGAAUCGAAGCAACAAGAAUUGUCCGAGAUAUUCAAGAGUAUCAAAGAGCUGAGUGCCAAGGAAGAUUUGAUCCGUAACCUUAAACAAGGCUUACUUGUCUCUUGUGCUAGAGCCUUGGAGAUCAAUAAGAUCUUUUUGGCCGAAUCACAAACUAGCGUAGCCGUUAAUCUCAUGUCAGGCGUGUCAAUGGGUCGAGGUCUUCAUGUUUCCAACGAUAUGGCCUUUUUGGAUAAUCGUUUCGAGGAUGUACAGAUAAUUCGUCCUCUUCGCGAGUUAAGCCGGAAAGAGAUUGCGUUAGCUAAUUUCUACCAUAAUGCCCCCAAGCCCGUGAUUGCCCCGUCCUUUACAGCCUUAAAAGACCCGUGUUGCAGUAUUGAGAAGAUUGUGGAAGACUUCCUCACUGGUCUGCAAGACAACUUUCCCGCCACAAUUCCAACGGUUUUUCGAACUGGCGGGAAACUGGAGCAGACCAAGGGUGACCAGGAAGAAGAAGGACAAAUCAAUAAGGAUUCGACUUGUAUCCUCUGUUAUGGUCAAUUGAAGAGAGAUAUUGAAGAGUCAAAUGCCGUAGAAGCUAGUGCCUUUUCCCGGUUCCUCUCCGAGAAGGGUCCAUUGCAUUUCACGGAUGAGGAUCUCUCCUCUGAUGCCAUCAUUAAGAUGAAGUUUGGCAGGAAGAGCACAAAAUCACAGGAAAGGGUAAACAAGCUUUCUGUGGAAUGUGGAACUCGGAGUGAAUCAUGUGGAGGCGACGGUCAAUGUGCUGAAGGAGGGGGAUGUUCUAGUAGAAAAGAGGCAAAUAAGGAACUGGAAUUGGAUGAUGUGGAACCUUUCCUAUGCUACAGUUGUCGCAUGACUGUCGGCAAAGCCAAAACAUUACCGAGAGUGCUUCAAGGUCGGGCUGAGAUGCGGAUAAGAAGACUUCAUAUGAAGGAGGAUAUUGCAGAUUUUCUCCUGUGACACAAAAUAAUCAUUCUGAAUUAUACUUUGUCACUCAAGCCAA